CGAGCAGCAACUUUGCAAGGGUGCUACCUUAGGGAGGCAGAUCCUGUGGAGGCUCAGCUUGGUGGCUGCUUCGCGGCAAAAUGGCGGCAGCAAUCCCCUUCUCGAUAUGGUCACGGUGGCCUUCUCCAAAAGCUGCUUUCCUUGUUGCGAAAAGAGCGACAAAGAGUAGGGUGGGUCUGGUAGGGCUUCGCAUCGAGCUUCUUAAGUUGAGCCGCAGCGAGUUCUUCUAUGAUGGCAAGGGGAGACGGGGUUAUGCGUCUGGACGAGACGGUUCCUGGCAGCUCGCAAGGUGGCGGCACGAUGACGGGAGCGAAGACUGUCCGAACGAUUUCAUACCCUCAAUUGGUCCGCUCUUAUUGGAUCGACUAUUUAGUCGUGAUCCUCAUGCUGGUCAUCUUUGUUGGGACGUCAUUCAUCCACCCGUACGAGCGGUUUAUUUAUGACGUCGAGCUUACGCACUGGCUCGCUUACCCGACCACUGCUGAUACGAUCCCGUCGUGGAGUGUUCCGGUCUACUCGCUUGGGGUGCCUAUUGUGACCUUCAUCGUUGUCGCCUGCUUCGUACGCAGUGGGCAUGAUUUCCAUCAGGCAGUCAUCGGUCUGCUGUUCACCGUGUUUACCGUUGGCAUCCUCACGAACUUGACCAAGGUCACCAUUGGGCGUCCCCGACCGGAUUUCAUGUCCGUCUGCUUCUUGAACGGAGAGCCGGUGUUUGCUUCGAAUGGUAACGUCCUCUGCAACAAUCUGGUGUCAACCCCUAAGCAACUACGAGAUGCGCGACAGAGCUUCUUCAGCGGUCACUCUUCAGUGAGCGCGGCGGGCCUGGGCUAUCUCUCCUUCUACCUGGCGGGCAAGCUCCACGUGGGCGACCGGCGGGGCCACGUCAGCAAGCUGGUGGUGGUCCUACUCCCGUCCAUUGCUGCCAUCUUCGUUGGCUACACCCGGUUUUGCAACUACAAGCACCAUCCGACGGAUAUCAUCAUGGGAUUGCUCGUGGGUUUCUUCUUUGCGUACUUCGUGUACCGCCAACACUACCCCAGGUUCUCAGAUCCCGAAAGCCACCUGCCUUACGAGUUUUCGCGAAAGCGCGUUGUUCGUCAAGACAUUCCGUUGCAAGAUAGGCCGUCCACUGAGCGUCCGUAUGGGGCUGACGUUGUUUAGAUUCCGGUACGUUCGUUCUUAGACUUUGUUAGUGUCGUUCAAGGAUUUCUUAGCAGCACGCAUUUCACAGUGAAGUCACAAAUCAGUCGGUUGUUCAUUUCGUUCGUAGAUUUGAGCGUCGAUCGUCAGUCUUAGAGGCUUUGGGGAAGCUUCAAGAUUGUUCAGGAUCAGGGUUUUGAAACGACACGCUGCAAAAACCAUCGAGGCUAGGCGUAGCGAGGCAGGUUAUGGGUAGGUCACACCAGCGAAGCAGGGCCCCUUAGGCUACUACUUAAUGUCAAAAGGGGUCCUUUCGUGUAGCUCAACUAAUGAAUUAGUUCCAGGAUUGGACUCCAGAUGCGUUAAUCGUGAUCAUAGGGUUUGAGGCUUAAGCGAAGACAGCUGUAAUCAUAGCAAGAAGCAUUCUUUGCCGUUUGGAAGCCGUGCGUUGCCGAGUCUGCAGUGCCAUCAUAGUUCGCUCGGUCUUAAAGUUGAAUCGACUUCGUCCCUUAGGUUCUUUCUUGAAAGUUGCACAUCUGAUCGGUCAGAUGCACCAGGACGCUUCAUUGGGCCGCUUUGUCAACUAGUAGUGGAAGUUGAAGUCAGGGUCCGUCGGACUGACCUUUGCAUCGCAAAUUGGACGUGUGCUUGAUCGUCUCGAGAUGUCUUGGCUCUCAAACGGUGCGCAUCCAAGAUUCGUCUCUUGUGAAUCCGCCGGGUCUGCUUCUCAGUGAGUACGGAACGAAAGAGCUGAAGUCAACCGGGCAGGUUGAGAGCCUUGUGUCGGCUAUGGGCCGGUGGGCGCCCACUGAGCUAGCUGCCGAGCUGGCAGUUCAGGAGUGCCUGUCGGAAUUGGUCAUUUGAAAAGUGCAGCGUG